CACACUUCGUUCGUCUCAAGCGCUCGGAGCAGCGUUGCGCCGUAACGGAGUCAAGGUAACGUUCCCUCCAAUCAAGGAAACUAUCGCCGGUGUGGCUCGCCGUUGAAAAAGCGCCCAACCACGACGACGUCGAACGGGCAACGUGGUGCGGAUUAUAGCUGGCAUUCCGGAAAGGACGGCGAAGAUGCGAUACCUGCUAACCCUGAUCGUCUGCGCGGCUCUGGGACCGCUCUUGAGCGCCGGAGCAAAGUACGUGCGUGACAAUCCAGACUGCGGAGAUGACGCCAUCGAUGCCUGCGGGACGGAGUUCAUUUGCUUCGGACACGAACCACGGCUGCCGGAGAACGAGACGCACCUCGCCGAGAGCUGCAAGCGCCAGCUGAAGGGCAUCGACUGCGCCAACGAGUACUCGGAGCGCUGCCUCCUGGGUUUCUUUCGCGGCUCGGCCGUCACGGCGUUGAUAACGCUGCAGGAGGAAACGGAGCGGAAGUGCGACGCUACGCACCCGGACCACAAGCGCUACCUAAAGAGCGCCCCCUGCCUAAACAAGGCCGGUGACCGGAUCCACAAAUGCGUGCACAAUUUCCGGGAUGAUCUGUAUCGCAUCGCUCUCAAGGCGCCACCCAAGCAGAAAAUACGCUACGCGUGCUGUGAGUACAGCAAGAUGUACAGCUGCAAGCAGACCAGCCUGACGGAGAACUGCAAAGACCCCAAGGCGAUCCAGUACGUCCGCGAGUCGGCCGAAUACGUCCUGCACAACCUGGUCAAGGUCUUCUGUGGCCGAUACGAGAGCGGCUCGGAGGAAUGCAACGCUCUCGACAAGCUGCCCGCGCUCGACGCGAACGAGAACGCGCCCAAGAGCUUCAUCCUGCUGCUCAAGUCAUUCGCUGCCGCCGUGCCAUAAA